AUGACUCAGCUGCAUGACUCAACCCUCAGUUAUGAUUGGCCAGCACAUCCCAACCAUCGCUGUUCUCUGACGCCACAACAUGUCCAGGUGAUUUCUGGCUGGCUUCAACAAUCCGCCCAGUCUAUCCACAGCGACGGAGCUGGAGUUAACCCCACUGCAAGAGUGCCGGGAACCUCAGUGUCCCUAGCAAUCCCCUUGGACGAGGAGCACACUCCACUCACCAGCUUGCCAUUACCUGUAAGGACAACUGCCAAUGGCGAUACAAACUCCCAUGUCGUCUCUUCUGCCACGUAUAGCCGCAGGGAGCCACUCCGCCGCGAUAGUCUGAAAAGACGCGAUGCCCUCCUGAAAGGCAAGGAAGGAAGCCGCCGUAGACAGCGCUGGGAAAAUGAUUUAGCGGCGCUGACAAGACGCCUGUCCACUAUUUUCUUGGACUCUUCUGCUCGUUUCCCAGACCGCCUUCUUCAUAAUCCUUGGGCUCAACCACCCUCUGCGAUCGAUUGGCAGGUCCAGCCCACCUACCAGCGCCGUACGGUUCCAUAUUACUUAGCUCCGCUCUGGGAUUCCCACUUCGCGGCUAGGGAACAGGCUAAAAGUAGCAACAAGCCCCUCAAGGCCAAUCAUAAGGAUGGUAGUCCGGUUGUCCAAUCCCAGAUCCCCAAGGAUCUGCGGCUGAAAUUAAAACAUGCUCGAGCUGCCCGUGGGUUAUUGCGGGAUCUUGAGGAGAAAAUUCGCCUGUUUGUUCAAAGGUAUUAUGAGAAGCAGGUUGUUUCGGCACAGGACGAGGACGAGGUAGAGCUGGAUGGCGCCCCGUCUCUUCUUUCCGAUGAGGAAAGAUGGGAGAAGCUGCAAGACAAGGCGGAGACCGAGACCGAGACGGAAAAAGAGUGCGAUUCUGAUGAUGACGAAAUUGUAUUCGUCGGUAGAAAGGGGCGGAUGCUCGAUGCGUCAGCAAACCAUAAUCGGACAACGAAGAUCAUUCAUCCCGAUGUCGACAGGCCGGCUAAGGAGGAAGUUGGUGAGAAGAUGGUCUUCGAAAGCCUAGAGGGGGAUCGCGCUGCUGGCUUCGGCCGCUGGCUGGUCCACUCUCUCGCCUCCUACUACGGCCUGCGCACCUGGUCCGUUACAGUUGGCAAUCCAGCCCGUCGCGAGGCGUACGUUGGCAUCAAUCAUCCACAGCCCGCCAAGCAGCAGCGGCAGCAGCAGAAUCAUCGGGAUUCUCUGCCCUCAACGAUGCCGGGAAAUAAUAGCUCGCCCAUACCUGCGGUCGGACGUCAUGUUGCCAAAGCAGCAAGAGGUCAGCCGGACGACAUACUCCCUCAGCCUCUGUGGGUGGCUGUUGGUGUCUCUUGA